GCAUAACUCGUGACUAAUUUCAAUUGAUAGUCUACAAUUUUCUAUUUUGACGUGAUUUUGUAUUAAUAAACUUUCAAAGAAGUGAAAACACAAUCAGUAGAUAUAACAACAGUCGGCGUGGCACGCCUUUAAUUCAAAUAUUGUCAAAUAAUGAGAAUGUUAACAUGGAACAUCAGUAUUUUUGCAAUACUGUUCUAUUUGAUGGAGGCAGAUGGAUUUUAUGUUCCUGGUGUUGCUCCAGUCGAAUUCAGAAAAGGCCAGAAAAUCGAAGUAAAAGCUGUAAAAAUGACAAGUACACAUACACAAUUACCUUAUGAAUAUUAUUCUCUUCCAUUUUGUUGGCCAAAGAAUGGGACUCUUAAUUACAAAUCUGAAAACUUGGGAGAGGUUCUUCGAGGCGACAGAAUUGUAAAUACACCAUAUGAAGUAGCGAUGAAAGAAGAUAUCCCCUGUCGUCUUCUUUGUCAUCAUCCAGGUAAACCGAUGUUUUGGAACGAGGAAAAUUCACAACGCGUUCUUGAACGAAUUCAACAUGAGUAUUCAGUGCAUUUGCUAAUUGAUAAUUUGCCAGCGGCAACAAAAAAAAUGCAUAAGGAGACGAAUAACUGGAUAGUGUAUCACGGAUAUCGAUUAGGUGGUAUUGAAAAUAAUAAUAAUGGCGAUAAAAUAUUUAUCAAUAAUUAUCUGGAGCUGAAACUGAGUUAUCAUAAACACGGAGAAAAUCAAUUUAGGGUGGUAGGCUUUGAAGUAGCUGCGAAAUCUGUCGAUUAUACACAAAUCGAAUUCAAGAACAACGUUUGUAUUAAACCAAUGGGACAACUGAAACGUCAGUAUGUUAAUCCUAGAGGAACAAAUAUUCAAUUCUUUUAUUCAGUAGAAUGGAAAGAGUCUGAUGUCAGUUGGGCAAGUAGAUGGGAUAUAUACCUUGGCAUGAGAGAUGUUGAAAUUCAUUGGUUUUCAAUUAUUAAUUCAUUAGUUGUCGUCUUUUUCCUUUCUGGUAUUCUAACAAUGAUUAUGGUUAGAACAUUGAGAAGAGAUAUCGCUAGAUACAAUUCUGGAGAUAGUGACAGUCUCGCUGGUCUUGAUGAAGCUAUAGAAGAAACUGGCUGGAAACUUGUUCAUGGUGAUGUUUUCAGGCCACCAACAAACUCGCGUCUUUUUGCAGCAGUUAUUGGAAGUGGAAUUCAAAUAUUUUUUAUGGCAUUGAUCACUAUAUUUUUUGCCAUGCUCGGAAUGCUCUCUCCUGCGAGUAGAGGGUCUUUAGGAACAUGUGCAAUUUUCCUUUAUGUCAUGUGUGGCUUAGUUGCUGGAUAUUUCUCGGCUAGAUUAUAUAAAACAAUGCGGGGUAAAGAAUGGAAAAGAGCAGCACUUUCGACUGCGACAUUUUAUCCCGGAAUUGUAUUUACAACUUGCUUUUUCCUCAACUUCUUUAUUUGGGGUAAACACAGUUCAGGGGCUGUGCCAUUUACGACGAUGUUAGCUUUACUUUGUCUAUGGUUUGGAAUUUCUUUACCUUUGGUAUAUCUUGGGUAUUUCUUUGGAUACAGAAAACAGCCAUUCACACAUCCUGUACGGACGAAUCAAAUUCCAAGACAAGUCCCUGAUCAAUUAUGGUAUAUGAAUCCAAUAUUGUGUACACUGAUGGCGGGAAUUUUGCCAUUUGGAGCAGUGUUCAUUGAACUGUUUUUCAUUCUAACUGCUCUUUGGGAAAAUCAAUUUUAUUACCUCUUUGGCUUUUUAUUCCUCGUUUUUUGCAUACUUGUCAUAUCCUGUUCUCAAAUAUCAAUAGUCAUGGUAUAUUUUCAACUUUGCGGAGAGGACUACAGGUGGUGGUGGAGAACAUUUGUAGUGAGUGGUGGAUCUGCAGUGUACAUUUUAGCCUAUUCCAUAUUUUAUUUCAUGACAAAAUUGGAAAUCACAGAAUUAGUUCCAACUUUAUUGUACUUUGGAUACACGGCGUUGAUGGUUCUAACUUUCUGGCUUUUGACGGGAACGAUUGGAUUUUUUGCUGCUUAUGCCUUUAUUAGAAAAAUAUACGCCGCUGUAAAAAUAGACUAGUCAAAAAAUCUCCUCAACUGACAAUGAGACUACAAGUAUUUGUUAUGUGUGAAUGAACGAAUGUGACCCUUACAGGCAAAAUAAUUUAAAUACUUUAAUAAUUUUAUAGACGAAUCAAUGAUUGCCUUUAGAACCUUUACAUCGUUUUUAUAGCUUAUCCAAAACUUGUGUUUGUAUUAUGUCAACUAAUAUUAUUGUUUGUUAAUUUUUGAAAUUUAUAACGAAUGCAUUCUAUGCCGUACAUUGUCACAGGAACAACUUCAAGUUUAGGAUUAAUUCAUUAUUUUUAAGAAUUCAAACUAUGACUUAAUUUGAAUUGAUAAGAAAAUUUAAUAAUUUUCAAUGAAUUUUGUUAGCUACCGAGAUUUUGAUUAACGAUAUAGAAAUGUAAGCAGAUCGUGUGCUUGAUGCACGCAUUUUGAUAUUGAAAUCUAGUUGUAUAUUAUAAGUAUGGAGGAGACAAUUGCCACCAUUUUUCUAAGUUUCAAGCAUAUCAUGAUAAGAGUUGGUUUUAUUUCGAGUUUAAUAACAUAAAUUAUUUGACAAUUGAUUAAAGUUGACCUUUAUAAAAUUUAUAAAGUAAUAUUUAUUACAUACUUAUAUUUUGUUCUCUAAUCUAUUGAUUCCAUCCAAACCGAAAUAACAAAAGAAAAAGAAUAACAUUUCAGUCAUUCGUCUGUAGGUUAAUAACUUUAUCGUAGCUAGAAUUUGAAAAUAUAUUUUUUGAAUGCUGUUUAAUACUCUAUUUUUCUGUACAUGAUUACUAUUACAAUCAAAAAUAGAACGGAAGUAGUGGGUAUUUUAGAGAAAUCGUAAUGGGGAUCAUUAUUGGAAGAGUAUUAAUAAAUGCAUUCAUACAUAGCUCGUUGAAAUAAUUGUUAAUGUUAAGAAUAGGCAUUGUAAAUAUGUACGUAAAUAAUUUAAGAAUUUAUUUACUUCAGCGUAUUUUCUUUAUAUCUUUUUAUUAUUACUUUUACUAUUUGUCAAAUAAAACAAUCAAAUAUUAA